UCAGCCAUGUCGUCAUUUUGCUCACAGUUGAAAGGUCGAAAUAUGGCAGCUUCGUUGAUUUGUAACAACACUGUAAGCAGAGUGAGCUCAGUGCUGAACAGAGAUGUCAAGCAAUUCGGCAAAAAGUUUAUGUUUGAUGCCAAUGAGGAGACAUGUUGGAAUUCAGACCAGGGAGGAUGUCAGUGGGUUAUUUUGGAGUUUCCACAGCCAGUGAAAGCGACAGAGCUGCGACUACAAUUUCAAGGAGGAUUUUCAGGAAAAACUUCCAAGUUAGAAGGUUUUCGUCAAGGUAGUGCCGAAGAAGAAGAUCUCAAACAUAUUUUAGACUUCUAUCCGGAGGACAACAACUGUCUACAGAGUUUUCCCAUUCCAGAUGCCCCUUUGGUGCAGAGACUUAAAAUAGUGUUUGAAAACAGCGCUGACUUUUUUGGAAGAAUAAUUGUUUACACUUUGGAUAUCCUGGGGGAAAAGAUUUUGUGA